AGCGUUUCGGGCCGUGGGCUCGUGGUAUCUGGUUUGCGGUUCUCUGCUUUCUCUCUCAGUGAUGGACGAGAUUUCCGAAUUCGAUCUCCUCGUCGCGAACCAGCACCGCGAACUCAUGGCCGCUAGCGCCGCCGAAUCCGAUCUUGACCUUGCCUUCCGUCUGCAAAUGGAGGAAGCCCUCGCCGCGUCUGCCUCCGCCUCCCUCUCUCCUCCCUCUUGCUCCUCUUUUCCCGACGCCGCCGCUGGCCCCUCUUCUUCCGCCGCUGCUUCCAUCAAAGCCGACGUUUCCCAUGCCCUCGAACUCCAAUCCCUCGAGCUCGACCAUUACCAACUAGAACGCCGUGACUCCGAGCUUUGCGGCGCCGAACUGCGUCGCGUGGCCGAGGACCUUCGCUGCCGCGCACACGACGAGCGAUUCGCUCGCGAGAUCCAAGAUAUGCCAGAUGAGGAUUGGGAUGAAUAUGGGGACAACUUUGAGCGCCCGAUUGAGCUCCUUAGCGACCUAGAGGAGAUGCCCUUUCGGCUCUACUUCAAGGGUAUGGCCAGGGCAGAGCUCGUGCACGGCGCGUCGGUGCAACUCGCCGGGAUUGGCGUGGCAAUCUGCGAUCCGAGGGGUGAUUUAUUACUGAAGAUCCAGAAGCCGGUGCCUGCGGAGGGUGCAAAUCGUGAGGCGCUUGAUGCGAAGGCCCUGCUAGAAGGGCUCAAUGCAAUUGUUGUGUUGGGGAUUAAGAAUGUGAACAUCUAUUUUGAAUUCCGGCCUCUUCUUAAUCACGUUAUAGGGAAAUGGAGAGCAAAGCAACAGAAAAUUGUUAAUUUAGUUAAUCAGGUGCAACUACUGCGAAGAAAGCUUGAUAGAUGUCAAAUGUUCCUGCUGCCAAGGGGGCAUGUCAAAUUUGUUUUUAAGCUGGUCAGGGAUGUGAUAGAUUCUCAAAUCACAAAAGGUGGCGAUUUGAUUAAGGCAAAAACAAAUAAUAAUCUGAUGGAAACAUGCAAUAUCUGCCUAGAAAUCACGGACUGUUCUCAAAUUUUUAGUAUUGUUGGUUGUGGACAUAGAUUCUGCUUUUCCUGUAUGCGGCAGCACGUGGAAGUUAAGUUACUGCAUGGAAUGCUCCCUAAUUGCCCCCAUUUGGGCUGCAAUAUUAAGCUGGAAGUUGAAAGUUCCGGCAAAUUCUUAACUCCUCGGCUACUUGCGAUCAUGUGCCAACGAAUUAAGGAAGAAUCAAUUCCUCCAAAUGAGAAAAUUUAUUGUCCUUAUCCAAGGUGCUCAGCUCUAAUGUCAACGAGUGAAGCAAUCUCCCCACUGCUCUAUGCCUCUGUAGCUGACAACGCUGGACUUAGAAAAUGUAUUAAAUGCAGUGGAUUAUUUUGUAUUAAUUGUAAAGUCCCGUGGCAUGAGAGAAUGUCAUGUUCUGAUUAUAAGAGAUCAAAUCCGCACCAACGUCCUGAGGAUCUCAGACUACAUUCACUUGCAAAACAAAAGUUGUGGCGCCAAUGUGUGAAGUGUAAACAUAUGAUUGAACUGUCUGAAGGAUGCUUUCAUAUGACUUGCAGGUGUGGAUACGAGUUUUGCUAUACAUGUGGUGCUGAAUGGAAAGACAAGAAGGCAACUUGUUCUUGUCCACUGUGGGAUGAACAAUACAUUUGGUAUGAUGAUUCAGAAGAAGAAGAGUCAGAAGAUGAUUACUAUGAUGAUGAUGAUGACUUUUAUGAUGAUGAUGAUGAUGAUGAAUAUGAUGAUGCUUUUUAAGAUCAAGGCUUCCAUCAUCAUGAUUUCUGAACUCUCAACGUUGGCAUUUAAAGAUGAGGUUGAUCAAAUUCCAUACUUUUGUAUUGUCUGAACUCUAAGUCUUCGAAGCUUUUUCUUGUCUUUAAACCUUUUGUAAAUUUAGUCUGGACUGUUCGGCCUUUGAACCCGCUACAAUGUCUAACAAUACUAUGGGUCGGGCGAUUUUUCUUUCACCACAGCGACAUCCUCAUUCCUGAAUGCUCAAGUAUUGUGUUAUCGUCUUGUUUUUGGGUUA